AUGUUUGGACGUCUAAAUGGGGUGGUGUUCACGUUAUUGGUGUUCCUGACGUCAUUCCUUGGAUCGAUAUUUAUGCUUUUUCCACUUUUACCGUUUGCUUAUUAUGGAUCUAAGUUUUGGCGAACCUGCGCUGACAGGCUUGUUGGCUAUUGGCUCACUUUUCCUGCAUCUCUGGUUGAGUAUAUCUUCGGUUCAAGUUUUCAUGUGACCGGUGACCUUAUCUUGCGUGACAAACCAGCUUUAAUUAUAAUGAAUCAUAGAACCAGACUAGACUGGCUGUUUUUAUGGAACGCUUUAUACAAAAUGGACCCCUUGCUCCUUACAACCGAAAAAAUUUCUUUGAAGGCUCCUCUCAAGCGUAUUCCUGGCGCCGGUUGGGCAAUGGGCUGCGGAUCGUUUAUCUUUCUUGACAGAAACUUCGAAUUAGACAAAUGUACAAUCGCUUCUUCUAUAGCAUAUUACAAGGAGUCCGACAAUAACUACCAGCUGCUGUUAUUCCCUGAGGGAACUGAUCGCGGUGCCCGAGCUGUUGCUCAAAGUGAUGCUUUCGCCAGAGAAAAUGGCCUACCUCAGUAUGAUUACGUGCUCCACCCAAGAACUACCGGUUUCAACUAUCUCUUGGAUGUCAUGCGAAAGUCACAGUACAUUUCUUAUGUUUACGACAUCACCAUAGCAUAUGCAGAUACAAUAAUAGAUUCUGAAAUGCGACUUUUGAAAGAAGGUGUAUUUCCGAAGAAUGUGCAUUUUGACGUCAAAAAAUAUGAUAUUGGUGAGAUUCCAACUGAUCCCGAAAAAAGCGCUACUUGGCUCAAGGAAUUGUGGCUCACAAAAGAAAGAAGGCUAAAGAAAUUCUAUGAAGCUGAUACUCAUAAGCGACGUUUAGACCCAAGUGGAGAAGGUUAUUUGUGGCCGGUGAAAACGCAAGGUUUCGGUUACUACCUGGCGUUUGGAUUCUGGAUUAUGAUGGGAGCUGGAGAACCACCAGUCAUGGCUGCUGGGCAAACGAUUUGCGUUCGGUUAAGGGGUUGGGCGUUUUGCUUUUUUACGUUGAUCUCUGCUUUGCUAGGAUCCAUUUAUAUUAUUACACCGCUACUUCCACUGAUAGUCCUUAGACCAAAAUUAUGGCGUAAAUGUAUGGAUCGCUUAAUUGGAAUAUGGGUGGUUAUGCCUGGGUCUCUUAUGAGCUACGUUUUCGGCGCAAAAGUUCGCGUGCGCGGCGAUAUGAUCGAUCACAGCAAGCCGGCGGUUAUAAUUAUGAACCACAGAACAAGGUUAGAUUGGUUGUAUUUCUGGAAUGCGCUCUACAAAAUGGAUCCAUGGCUGUGCACAUCGGAGAAGAUUACCUUAAAAGGGAUCUUAAAAUAUCUACCUGGAGCAGGUUUGACUUCGAGUUUUAGAAGUUUGAACUUUACGAAAUUUAUGAAAGACACCAUAUUAUAG